AUGGGUGGAACUUCCCCUUACGGAGGAACUCAGGAAGAACUUGAAAAGCUAGGCCGUUUUGCUGUUCAAGAAUACAAUAAUAAGGAGAAUGCACUUCUUGAAUUCGUUAGAGUGAUUGACGCUUUGGAAACCGGAGUUGACGGUAUAAUGUAUGAUCUUGUUCUGGAGGCAGUGGAUGGUGGCGAGAAGAAAAUCUACGAAGCCAAAGUUUGGGAGCAGCCCUGGAUGAACUUCAAGGAGCUUGAUCAAUUUGAGCACGAGGACUUGAUUUACAGAAGUUAUGAUUACGACAAUUAA